AUGGCAAUUUUUGUUGCUGCCGUAAUUGUCUUUGUAUAUUUUGGCGGUUCUGGUGAUUAUGGCAGUUUUGAACCGCCGUUUUCACACAAGCUCUCCGACAACACUGUUCUUCCCUCUAGGGUUUCUCCUCUCUCCGCCGAUUACGAUCUCUCCAGUGAUGUGGAGACGAAGAUUCCGACGAAAGGCAAGGCUCUGGUGGCUACUGACCUCAGCAUUUCAAUUCUAGAAGGCACCUAUGCCCGCAUUGCUCCACGAUCGGGUCUUCCGUUGAAGCAUUGGAUUGACGUUGGUGCGGGGGUGAUUGACGCCGAUUACAAAAGACCGAUUGGGAUGAUACUGUUCAACCAGUCGACGAUCUCAGGUCUUCUUUCGUAA